ACAGGAAGAGAAAGAAGGGAGAGAAAGACAAAAACGAGAAUAGAGAGAGAGAGAGAGAAGAGAAGAGGGCGGUGGAGGUGGCUGGAAAAGUGGCCGGCGGUGAGCAAAACGCCGUUGAUCGGAGAGUGGAGGAAGAUCAAGCACAUGGGAGGUUGAAUGCCCGAGCUAGGCAGAUAUCGCUACACAUGAUUUGAUUUGCCGACCUAAAUGGGUCGAAGGCCCGAGCGAGACAGAUAUUGCUACACAGGAUAUGGUUGUGCAUACGCUGAAAAGUUUAAAUCAACUACUGAAAAGAAAUGCUCAAGUCAAAUUUUCGAUAAUCAUAGGGUGAAAAUGCUGGUGGAGGUAAUAAUAGUGGAGAUGAUUACAUAGAAUAUGCAGAUGAAGGUUACGUUCAUGAGGAUUUUUGGCAGACUGGAGACCGGGUGGUCCCAAUAGCAGGUUUUCUGGGCGUUCUUUUUUAAACAUUAGAGAUAAACUUCUUCCUAAUGGGUCUGGACAGCAGCCAAACCAUCCAUUGAGAAUCAAUAAGUCUCAAGUCUGAUUACCAACAUAUAGGGCUCGUAGACGGAACAAGGCACACUUGGUGAAAUUAGCACCAGACUUGCCUCCUGUUAAUCUCCCACCAUCUGUUCGAAUAAUCUCACAGUCAGCUUUCAAAAGUGUCCAAUGUGGAUCAUCUGCUAAUGUUUCUGUCACUGGCAGUGGUGUUGGCUGUUCUGAACAAAAAAGUACAGCUCCUCUAAUAUCUCAUCUUGUAAGGUUGGGAACUCCGCAUUUAAUAAAAACUGGAAGAGAUAAAAGCAAUUUAGUGAAAGAAAAUGUCAGAAAUAUGCACCUAGAAGAAUCUCAUGUUGUUGAGGACGAAAGAGUUGCUGAGUCAGAUCUUCAGAUGCAUCCUUUAUUGUUCCAGGCCCCUGAAGAUGGACGUCUGCCAUAUUAUCCUCUGAACACUGGCACUGGUACUUCCAGUUCUUUUAGUUUCUUUUCAGCAAAUCAGCCCCAACUUAAUAUGAGUCUUUUUCACAAUCCCUGCCAAGUCAGUCAUGUUGGUUGUUUUAAUGAAUCUUUGAAGACCAAAGAGUCCUCCAAUACAGCGUCAUCUGCCAUUGAUUUCCACCCACUUCUGAAAAUAAGUGAGAAUGCAAAUGGUGACUCAGUGACUGCACCCUCAACUGCAAGCAAAUCUAAUGAGAAAGCUAAUGACCUGGACUUGGAGAUCCAUCUAAGUUCUUCAUCCACAAAGAAGAGAGCUUUAGUAAGCAGGGAUAUGACCACACAAAAUCUUAUGCGGUCAGCAAAUAAUGCUAUAAACUCUGGACAGGGAACGGAAACUCAACAUACUAACAAUUUACAUUACUGUUAUGGCGAAAAUUAUGGCAGGUACGUUUUAAGUGGCCAAUUGUCAGAUUUACCAAGCACUAGAAACAUUGAUGAUAUCGGUGAUCAUUCCAAUCCUGGGAUUGUGAUGGAACAGGAAGAAUUAAGUGAGUCUGAUGAAGAAAUCGAAGAACAUGUUGAGUUUGAGUGUGAGGAGAUGACUGAUUCUGAAGGGGAGGAGGGUUCAGGCUAUGAACAAAUUCCUGAGAUGCAAGAAAAGGAGGUCUGUGGUAUUUUGGAGGAACAUGCGAGAGACCGAGAUAGUAAUGAUCAAAGACAUGAAUCAAGGAGCCCUUCUUUUGCUCAGGGCAGUGUUUUGGUCCCCAGAAACGCCUCUCCUUUCUUAAAGCUGGGAUUGAUAACCAUGGGGAAGGAUACUACAAGCAGUUCAUGGUUAAGUUUAAAUUCAUGUGCACCGGGUCAUCCUGCACGCACAAAACAUAAGAAUACAGAGGGCACAAUCAGUGAAGCCCCUUCUGCUAAAGAUAUUGCUUCUCCUGCCAACAGAUCCUUCAAGAAGACAACUCCUACCACGAAAAAGGUUGCAGAACAGAAGGAUGCCACAGACAUGGCCCAACAACUCAGCCUGAGUCCCACUGUGAGGAAGCCAAGGAAGCGUACAUUGCCAAACUAAAACAAGUUUGAAUAUUGGAACAACUACGAGAACCUCCACCGUAAGGUUAAACAAAGCUGUUUGGGUACCGUGUACUGGUUUUUGUUGUCAUCUUUCCCAAUUAGCAAAUGAGUAAUUGGUGGCGAAGUCCAAGUACUUGAAGAGGCAGAGAUAAUUGAUCUCUUUUCACCAACUUCUGUUGAUUUAUUGGAUUCAUAUAACUGCUAACUAGGUUAUAAAGAAGCUCUUCUUCUUCUUUUUGUCUUCUUGUGAAUAUUAUUAUUAUUUUAUUUUAUUUUAUUUUGAGUUUUUGAGGGAUAAGUCAAAAGUAAAUGUGAUGAGUGAAGAAAAUGUACAGACUUACAUUUUGCUUGUAAAUUCUGCAUUAGUAGUCCCAUUUUUGUUGGCCUGAAAUGAAUUCAUCUUGGAAAA